UUAAUCAGAAUAACCGUCGUCACUGCCGAGUGCCGGUGCGCACGUGUGCGUGCUUCGUCUGGCCAUAUAGGGCAAUGGCUGUAAGCAGAGGGUAUGAGGCAGACGAGGAGAAAGACUGGGUCCUGGAUUCAUUGGACAGGUAUGAACGACUUCAUGUGUUCGAGCUGCAAGAGCCCACACUCUGCAUGGAAUGGAGCCACGAUGGCACAGCCCUCUUUUUGGCGGGAUUUUCGCAAGUGAAGCACAAUGAGUUGCUGCAGCUUAUUCUUCCGGAGAAACUCAUUGCAGCAGACAAACAAACGCUGUUGGCUGGACGGGAUUUCAAGAUAAGUCGUGGAGCUCUAGCCAAAGGGCCCAUCCACCACAUCCGAUGUGCGGACCAAAUACGGAAUGUGAUAAUUACCAGUGGACUGGGACCAGAGCUGACGGUAUGGGAGCCGGACCCUGGAUCACCUGAUCUCCUUGUUUCCACGGGCAAUGUGGCCACGCCCACUCCGACCUCUACGGACCCAGACACGACAGAGUUGCUGAUAUCGUGGACCUUCGGUCACCCCCAGUCUCUGGUCUCUGGAAGUUCUCUGAACACACUUCAAGUCACUGACCUAAACACCCUACAGCCACUUUGGUCCUAUACUCCAAAAGACAAGAGAGGGUCUGAUGUUGCCAUACAUGCAGUGGAGUCACUGUCAGGGGAGAACCACAUUUUUCUCACCUGCUCCGACAGAGGGGAACUGAUACUCUGGGACUCUCGCGUCCCUGGCACGGGGUCGCUGAAGUUCUCACCAAGUCCAACCACUGGGGCCAGUUCUGGGGGAACCGAGGGGGGUCACGCAAUGGCAGUGUGUGGGAACAAGUGUGCGACAUUGUCUGACAGAGGAAGACUGAGGAUUUUUGAUAGACGUGGAGCGUCAUGGAUACCACAGGCUUCAUGUAUAACUGAUACAUACAGUGGAACCCCUCUAAUCUAGACACCAAUUGGACAGAAAAAAGUGUCCAUAAUUAGUGAGGUGUCCUUAUUUCAGGGGUUCAACUGUAUGCACGAACUGCAUGUUCUCGGGGAAAGGAAGUAGAGAAAGUGUCCUCAUUUCAGGUGCGUCUUUGAGUUCCACUGCACACGAUACCAUGCCUUCGUGGAGUCAGUUUAAUACUACUGGGACCAAACCAAUCACUCCAUGUGUGCAGUUUUCUCAGUCCUCCAACGAGCUUUCAGUAUCAGGGCCCGGGAGAGGCGUGGCUAUCUAUGACAUUGUUUCUUGGAGCAACGACAUCACCAAUCCAUCGCCAGUUUUCCUCCACGAGGGACACGAGGUUGACAACCCGCUCUGCAGGGUCACAGUCCAUUCCUGGCAUCCCACGUUUCAUUCCAUGAUACUAUCAUGUGACUCAGACGGAGUCAUGCACGCAUGGCAAUGGCGCAAGGACAGAAACUGACUCCCAACAAAGCCUAUUCUUCUCUCACAAUUUUUCCUCUCGGGAAUGCGAGGUACCAGAUGUUCAACUUGCUUCAGUAACUGACGGGAAACGAGAGAAAGUUACCACAUUCUGUCGGUCUCACCCACUCUACACUCACCUUAUCUUUCCUCGAUGUUCUGG